GUGAUGAUGAACUACAGUUGUUGCUCUUUGUGUGUUCAAAUUCUAGCGUGAACAUGCUUUUUUUUUAAAUUUACGAUACUCAUUUUAGGUAUUUGUCUUGUCUGGACCAAAUCAAAACCUUAAAACGUUUUUUAUGUAACGUAAACGGCUUUAAGGACCAGCAUUUUAAACGAUCUGCUAGAAAUGUUCUAAUUCACCCGGCGGCAUUACAGCUGCUAGUGUUUUUUUUAAAAGGGGAAAAAAAAAAUCCCGGCCUUCGCAUAAAUAGAUGCACACAACCAUUUUUAUUGCAGCUACUAGUUGGGUUAGUUGGGCUCUUUGAGACGUGUGACGUACUUAGCACACAUAAACAGAGUCGGGACGAGCGAGAACAUAAGAUCUUCUGGACACAUCCACUCGGCCGUUGAACUCGAAGUACUAGCAGCACAUUGCACAAGUGAGAUGGCACCGAAAAUCUUGGUUGCUCAGGAAGACGGUCCCAUGGGCCAGCGAUGUUCUCUAGGCCCUUCGAGAUCACGGGGCCCGCCUUCCUGGCCCGUGUGCGCCUCCCCCUCACGGCAGCGCGUGCGCCCUUGUCGGCCGGCUGAGCCUCGGCUCCAUCCACUGACCCCACACGCUCCACAGCGCCGUUGAAAACAAUAUUUCCGUUUCUUCUACUUCGAGACCCACAUAAGCAUGAGCACUUUGUCACGCUAAUCCAAAUUACUGAAAUUAAGCACACCAGCAGACCUUUUGUUCGUUAGUAACUGUACUCACUGUUCAUGAAAGUGUUGUGGUUGUUGGACUUGAUCAUCUAACCCAAGUGGCCACCGCAUCGGCCGAUCGGAUAGCCUUUUGCUUACACACUAUUCGCCAGAAAUUGUUUACUCAUUUCACUGACUCUUGUAUGGGCAGGCCUCCCUUUCGAGUGAGUUUCAACUCUUCUUUUCUUGGAACCGAACUUGGCUUAAUUAGUCGCUACUCGCUAGCAAGUAGCAAUGCACGGUUUGUCCGUCUCAACACUUUCUUUACUACUCCCUCCGUCCGGUUUUAAGAGGUGCGUUUGUUUGUUCGCGCGUACCAAGAGCGCAACUGUGGACAAAAUUGCCCUCGCGCGCGGGCCCGUGUGGGAUCGGUCGAUGGGACGCAAUCUUUGGCGGCCAAUUGAGACGAGAGAAAAAUCCGCCCACACGCACGCAUACAGCCAUAUUUAAAUCCCGUGCAUGGGAAAGAGAAGAACCGCCACCUCAAGAAGGUAGCAUAAAUCAAUUCAAGUAAGCAUGCACGAGUACAGUACGGAGGGGCAUUUUGAUCUUGCAACUGCCGCAAGUGCAAAUGCGCCUACUAAAUCUGGAUGAAACCGUUCAAAAUUUACGCCCCUUAAAACCGGACGGAGAAAGUAAUAAUGCUCAGCAGCAGCUUCCAAGUGCCAUUGGCAUAGUAUACAGGAGUGUAAGUGUCUCAGGUAUGAGGAAGAGGAGCAAUGGCUGGAGCUGGACCACUUGCCCGGACCCUUCCCUGGUCCUGCUGGCCCCUCUGAACCAUUGACCAAAGUCCUUGACCCAAAUCAAUGGAAUCAUGCACUCUAUGAUCGACCAUUGUUGGAUCUGGAUGGUCCAUGGGAAAUUUUUGGUAGACUUAAUUAAUUAUCAGUACAAGUCAUGGGGCAUAGAAUGUUUUCUUGAACCAUCGUGAUCAGGUUAGUUAAGGCGGUCAAAUACAUGUCCAUUGCGACAGUAAUCAGGGGUCCACAACUGAGCUCUCUUGUUUUCAGAUAAAGGCUUCAGAAUUGAGCUAGUAGUGGCGUGCAGUCAUAAUGCUGUUACCACUAGCCCAAUGCAUUUCAUGUCCUAACUCGUAAUGUUUGAUUAGUAAUUGAUGAUCUCCAACUCCAUUGAAAUGAACUUUUAACAAAACAAAGCUUGGAAUUGCGACUAAAAAAUAUAUCUGAACUUGUUUCUUUUAAUGAUUGUUGGUAAAGUAAUUGCAUAGAUGUGUACUGGAGUUGUCCCUGCUGUACCUACCAAGCACUAACUUCGAAAUAAAAAUGGGCGUUAUGGUAAGAACAGGACCGUUCAAAACCCGCAGAAAAAAAACAGGACCAUUCUCCCCGCGAAAAAAGAACAGGACUGUCCGUUAUGUAUAAAGUUGGUGUGGACAUCCAGUAAAAUUUCGAUGAAAGAAGAGUAAGAAAGCUCAGUGACGUAUUGCUGUCGUCUUAAAGCUUCUUUGCACAUCAUUUUGGCGCCAAAAAGCUUACAUCCAUCACACUUCUUUCCCUCAGUGAAGAACAACAGUCUUCCGUAUUUCAUUAGUAGUAAUUCUCUAUUACAGAUGCAUGAUCACAUGAAAUUUAGGUGGUCCGUUUCUUACUUAACCUCUAGUCAGUCCUGUCCCCUUUGCCUACUUCUUUUCUUCCCUCUUUGUCAGCUGCAGGAGCAGUGAAGGGGCAGAGAAAGAUACUCCGUUGUUGCUUGGCAUGCCUGCGCAUGCAAGACCUGAUUAAAAUAGCACUGUGAAAGGAAUCUUACAUCAUUCGUGUCUUGUCUCCUCGUGCUUUUUCUUCAGAGAGCGGGUGUGGAUGAGGAAGGAGGAGGCUGAUGGUCUGCUGGCUGGUGUGUGUAUAAAAGGGAAAGCCUGUGGCCUUUGGAACCAUACAAUGAUCAGAAACUGAGAGUGAGAACAGAGAGCCAAGUAGUAGUUAGAGCUCACUAGGAUACAGUUCUUGAGUGACUCCUCUGACAUCUAUUGACAGGUCCGGAGAAGAAAACAAAGCAGUCAAGAAACCAGAAAAGAAAAUCUCCAGAAUGCCCAUGGAGCAGCUGUCCAGGAACUACGAGAAAGACUGCCUGAAGAUGGCCAUGCUGAAGCACGAAGAGACAUUCAGGCAGCAGGUUCACGACCUGCACCGCCUGUACAGGAUCCAGAAGCUUCUGAUGCGCGACCUGAAGCGGGGGAUCAAGAGUCACGGGCAGAGGAGCCUGUCCACCUCCCCCAACGGCUCCCCUGAGUACAACAACAACAGUAAUAACAAUCACAGAGCACGCGCUCUCGGCGUGGACGACGAGGAGGCGGAGCUGGAGCUCACGCUGGCCGUGGGCAGCGGCAGCGGCGGCGGCAGGAAGCGGUACAGCGACGGGCAGUGCUCCCCCGGGGAGAGCUUCUCGUCGUCGUCCACGGAGUCGGAGACCACGCUCACUGGCGGGGAAUGGCAGAUGGCGCGAACAAGGCAGCAGCUUGUGGCCGGCGGCGGGCACAAGCGGAGGCCGGCGGGGUACGACGUGGCGCAGGACGGCGGGGUGCAGCAGCAGCCGUUGCUGUUCCACUGGCUCAGCCUUCGGAUGGCAUGAAGAUUGAAGAAUCGACCGACGUAUGCCAUGCGGAUUGCGGAACAUUGUACCGGCUGUCUCGUAGCUAGUGUGGGCAGGCCGUGUUUGACUUCCUGUUUUUUGAGUUGUACUUGUACUACUGUAGUAGUGUGUUUCUUUGCUUCCAGCUUAGUCAUGGUCUCACGAAUCAAGCUAAUCAAGAAAUAAUUAACUUGUUUGUCGAGGAGAAUGUGUGAGACGAUUCCCGGGAGAGAGAUAUUAGAACGUAGGAGCUUUUCAAAUGAAUCCUUAUCCAAGCAUGCUUAGCUCGUUCUCUAA